UGCUCGAUUAGCACACGUGCUCACCUUCACGGCGUCCACACGCGAGUGGCCAUGCCUCUCCUGCCGGCGUCGCCGCCGCCGCUGUCGCUGUCUCGGUCGUUGGCUGCGGCGGCGGCAGCCUCUCGUCGCGGCCGCGCCGUGACGUGCGCAGCUGCGAGGGGCGCGGCUUCGUCUUCGUCGGCCUCGUUCGACGCGGCGGGGUUCGAGGCCGAGCGGCUCCGCCUCGACGCAGAGGCGCGGGCCGGGAUGGCGUCCGCGGCGGCGGUGGCGGGGGCGGAGGCGGCGGACCCCAAGGCGUGGAAGUGGGCGAUACGGAAGCGGGUGUGGGACGCGCUGGAGGCGGAGGGCGUCGCGCGCGACCCGCGCCCCGUCCACCACCGCAUCCCCAACUUCGAUGGCGCCGCAGCCGCCGCGGACUCGCUGGGGAGACUCGACGUGUUCCAGGAUGCACAAUGUGUGAAGGUCAAUCCCGACUCACCUCAGAAGCAAGUUCGCUUCUUAACACUCUCAGGAGAUAAAAAGUUGCUGACUCCGCAACCUCGGCUAAGGACAGGAUUUUUCUCAGUUCUGGAAUCUCACAUGAUACCCAUUGGAUGUAUUCCAGAAGCAUGUACUUCUGUUGGUGCAGCCAAAUACGGGAGACCUAUAGGUCUAGAUGAAAAAAUUAAAGUGGAUUUGAUUGUGAUUGGAUCGGUUGCAGUUGAUCCAAGCACAGGAGCACGACUAGGAAAGGGCGAGGGAUUUGCAGAGCUGGAAUAUGGGAUGCUGCGUUAUAUGGGAUCUAUAAGCGAUUCAACCAUGAUAGUAACAACUGUGCAUGACAAACAAUUAGUGAAUGACAUUCCAGUUGAGAAGCUGUUAGUUCAUGAUGUACCAGUUGACAUUAUCUGCACUCCAACUCAGGUCAUAUUCACAAAUACCACGAUCGCGAAACCACAAGGGAUUUACUGGGAAAAGUUAUCUCCAGAGAAAUUGGGCCAAAUCCGAAUUCUACAGGAGCUGAAGAGACGCAUAGAGAGUGAAACAGGAACUACACUUCCUUGUGGCCCUUCUGAGAAGCUACCACCAACAGCGCAGCGAAGAAGAAGAAAACGAAGACGGUGAUGAUUGAGUGUGUACGCAUGCCCUGGUGCUGACGUGGACGAAUGCACACGGUGCGAUAUCGCGAUUGGCUCUUGUGUCGUGGCGGGAGGCGUAACGAAUUUGCCGAAGUACACUCGGUUUUCGUACGGAAGAAAAGGGAAGAGAACAAAAUGACAUGCGAGUAAGAGUACCUAGCUACUAGUGGCUCUAUCAUAAAAAACAAAAUAUUACGAAUUUUUGUCAACUGGAGCGGUCGACAGAUUUUUGUAAUUUUUCAUUAUUUCUUUGAUGUCGAUACUAAUUUCCUCGUUGCUGUUUCUUUUCUUUUUCCUUUUCUUUUUUGAAGACUCCUUGUUACACAACACUGAUAACAACAAACGAGUCGUACAGUCUUGGGUAAUAGCCAAUUUUAGAGCUUAUAUGAAUACAUGAUUCUCAAAUAAUACGAGUCAAAGAAGGUAUAGGACUCAAGUUUCCUAGAACUCCAAAUCUUACGGAAAACUACAUGAAUAAUAAGAGAUAUUUUUUUCCCAAGAGGAUUUAUUUUUGAAAGAGAAUUAUUAAUCAAAGGCAAAUUAGGACGGAGUACAUUCAUCAUGAGACACAAGCCAUGUCAUAGCCAUGUUUUGAGCCAAUUCAGAGAAAUUUUACAGGAAUUUUGGAUGCCCAUUCCUUUCAUAUAAGAAAUUUUUUUUCAUAGGAUUGGGUUUCUUCAAAAAUCUUUUGUUCUAUAAAACCAGAAAAAGAAAAUCUUCAGACUGCACUAGUUUCAUUCGUACAAGCUUGAGAUGUGUGAUGUUUUUGGAGCGAUGAAUUUUACGAAAAAAACAAUGCUGAAUAAUAAUUCCCCCUCCUGCAACUAUGUGGCCCUCUGAGAAUUUGACGAACAAUGUAAUCCAUCGUGUCAGUUUCGAGCAUUUAUUUCUGACGGCGUCUCGUGCCGUCCAUGACCCACUUCCGUCUGAACCCGUUGACCGCCGCAUUACGUGGCAUGCCACGUCAACUUCAGG